AUGUCCAUUCAUAAGCAAGAUUGUGAAAAAAACAGUAGCCUUGAGGAUGAUUCAAGUGAUACAUUGCGUACGGGAACUAUUGGCACCCUCGAUUUCUAUAUUUGGACACUUAUACCAGCCAUCGGUAUAAUAGUUUGUGUUAUCCAUGCCGAACAAGAGCAUUUCUGGAGCUGGACAGGUGCCACAUCCGAAGAAUGCCAAUCUCUCAAAUCAAAAAUUGUUGUGUCUGUUAUGUCGGCAGUAAUUGGUGGCUGUUUUGUAGCUACACUGAUGAAGACUAUUUUUGUGGUCUCAUUCACAUUAAUAAAAUACCAAGGAGCCAAUUUCUCUCACUUUGCUGCUGUUAUUCGUGGAUAUUCUCCUGCGUGUUUACCAUUGCUAUUUGCAGGAAGAAGAUGGUCCGGUAUACUCUUAAUUUUUAUUGUUUUAAUUGUGGGUACUAUGACAAAACAACUUGCGGUUGUAUCUAUGGGUGUACGUGCUGUCUCUUUCAAUAAUACCAUGACAUCAUAUACAAGGGAUUAUAAAUCAUGUUCAGCUACAGAAUAUAUCAUUGGAAUGAACGAAAUGAAGCCGUUGGCCAGUUUAGAUGCUUUUAACAGCUUGCGAAAUAGAAACACAACAUAUACAAAUGAAUACUAUGACAAAAGUAUACCCGAUGGUUUAAGAGGUGAAUCAAAGUUUGUGCGCGAAUUACCCUUUGCAAAUGUAUCGUGUAGAAUCGUUCCAAAGAACGAUUCUUUCUCUGACCUUGAUCCUGUGCUUCCUCCUUUAAAUAAGUACGAUGACUCAGGAAACAGUUUUAUUCCUUGGGGUGCUUUGAUAGCUGUAUCUAUGAAAAUGGAAUUAGCAGAAUAUGACUUACAUCAGUGGGUACUCUGCACCAUUGAUUUAGGACAUGCAACUGCAUCGACGACGUGCCAGAAUACUUUAUGUCAUACUGAACGUGUGUCCAUAAUCACUCCAUUUGGAAAGACGUAUACACAAAGCUCUUAUAUGCUUCUAAGAAACAUGUUUACCAUGGUAAAACCAGGUACAAGUGGUACUCGAAAUAUAUUAACGAGCUGGAUAUUAGGCGCAGACAUAACCGAGUAUACUGAUAUAUAUCAUAAGAUACCCGGAGAGAGCUUACAGACAAUUGAAGAUCGAGUGGAAAUAUUGGGUACAAUAAUUGUCCGUAUUUUGUGUGAUUACAACAAUAAGGAACCGUAUACCGAUAUUGUAACAAUCCAAUCCAAUUAUAUUUCUUUCGCUUAUUAUGUAAAUCGUAUCUUAUGGAAAUGGCCGUUCUGGUUGCUGGCGGGUUUUAUUUUUGUGACUUGGAUCACAUGCAUGAUUUCAAUGCGGAUUACACCGGAAAGCAGAAUCAUAUCAGUAGAAUGGUUGCUUGGUCAAUAUGUUUCAAGGAGCCGUUAUGGAUAUUUGUCUGGUGGAAGUCUAGUGAAAGCCCAUCGAGAUUAUCUUUUGCAAGUGGUGGAUGGAAACUCCAAUGGAGAGGUGGGUAACAUCGCAAUUAUUCAAUCUGGGACUUAUCAAGACAUUCACACUCAGAGGGUGCUUCAUGAUAGAACAUAUCAAUAGUUCAUGCUCUUUUUCUUUUUUGCUGUAAUCAUUUAAACUUACUCGC